UUCCCUGACUUUGCCUUUCAAGAAAAUACCAACAUGUAUGAAGUUAUAAUACAAAUUUUGGAAGUUUAAACCAAUUUUAUAUGAAAAUCGUACUAGGUUCAACCCUCUGUAUAUUUCAAAAGAAACAAUUGAACAUCAAAAUUUUUUGAUAAAUAAUUUUUUAUGAUAGUCUACUUUUAUAAGAAUAUACAAAUUUUUUCUUAGUGCAGCAGACGUGUACAGGGUGAGUCAAAACUCAGAUACAUGAUUUUCUCAACUUUUUUAAAUGUAACACCCUGUAUUUCAUAUCACUACUAAAAAGUACUCUAAUUAUACGUUCGUUUAAGCUAAAUAUUGCCUAUACCUAAACACAACAGUAGCAAGAUUCUUAGAUGAAAUCUUAAAAAGGGUUAAUUAUAACUAAAUUCACAAUGUAAUUUGAUUUAAACUGUUAAAUAUUACAUACUAGUUACUAGUUAAUUAGUUUAUAUUUUUAAGGUACCUGGUACAAUUUUUUAUCAACUGAAUUUAUUUUUUGGGACCUUUACAACUUUUUAUAUAAAAUGCAAUAAAAAGGCUAACAGAACUUCAAAAUUUUUUUGUGCAUUAGGUCAAGUGGGCUUUGAAAUUCAUGUCAAAUGAAUAAUUUGACAGUUCCUAAUUGUUUAAAUAAAAAAAUAAAAUUACGUUUAUGUUCACAAGUAUUUAAAUUUAUUGAUUUUACUAAUUUAAAAAUGAAUUUUGAAACGAAUAAAUUGACUGAUAUGAUUUUGGUGCUAGGGGCUAGUGAUGAAAAUUGCUUGUUGGCAACUAGAAUUUAUAAGAAAAAAUAUCCUGAUCGCGGACAAACGCGUAAAGAAAUUUUUGAAAAUCUGUUGGAAAGAUUCAAAUGUACAGGUAAUGUAGCAUAUCAAAAAAAUGAUAGAGAAAAACGAACUUUAAAUGAACAAAAUGAACUAAGUAUUCUACUUAGUGUUACCGAAUCUGUCGCUCCUGGGUUUUUGAGAUUAAUGGUGCUCAUCUCUACGUGAGUGCCCAAAAUUGUCGAGACAGGGGACGUGGGAGCAUACCCAAAGCUAGAGCUACACAAUCCACCCUAGCUCUGGGCAUAUCCCGCACCUCCAAGUUGCAUGGGUGGGUCUUGGGGAGGUAAGAUAUCAGAAUAGGCGUAUCCGAAGUCAAGAAGUUUGCCUAUAACAUUAGUGGGUAGGCUAAUUGUAGUAAAUUGAGGAUUAUUCUGGGUGACAUAAGAAGAAGUGAAUUUGUCUGCCUCUGGUGUUUUCUCUCUCGGCUCUUUCUGUCUCAACAACCCUGGUGUCCAUGUUGCUGUCCGUAGUACUGUUGCAAUCGUCCGAUUUUUCUAGGACUUCUAUUAACUCCUUACACGUCUUUGCAUAUUCGGAUCCGGAAUUGUUUUUAUAUCUAUGAUCGCCGGCUUCUUCUCCUUCCUGGCUGUCGUGGAACUCGAGUGAUUCCUUCGAUUCAGCCACUGACGAUUUCCUCGGAGAUUUCCCCUCAAACGAGUCUAUUAGUGGAUUCGCCGCCUCACCAACACCUUGGCGGUCAGAUGAAGGUCGAACGGCGGAAAAAUCGGCCUAGGAGGCUUCCUGAUUUAGGCAAUUUAAAUCCGUGUUAUCAAUUAUGUGUUUUAUGCCAAUAUUACUCACGGUUUGGGUGUUUCUCUUGGCGUUCACCUUAAAUUUGAGGGGAGAUUGUAUAUUAGAUAUCUUUGGAAUCUCUAUUGGCUUAUAAGGCCGGCAUCUGGUUUUUAGAUUAGAUCUCUCAAACACAGAGGAAUCGAGGACACGUGCGUGUCCUGGAUCGACUCUAUGUAAAGGGAGAGAACUAUACACACAACCCUUAUGGGAGAGACAAUAGCGGCACGGGUAGCGAGAGGGUGUCCGCAGGGUGGAGUGCUGUCUCCAUUCCUGUGGAACCUUGUAGUAGACGGGCUGCUUUAGGCUCUCAAAGAUAAGAGACAAAGAACCCUGUGAUAUGUCGAUGAUCUAGUUAAUUAUGGCACAGGCACAUGGCACCGAAAAUCCAUCAGUACACGCAUCAUGGAAAAUGAAACGGGAAUUAGUUUCUUUCAUGGUCGUGUAACUGCCGAGGUCUACUUAGACUUUCUGCAGAAUUAUCUACCACUACUAUUGGAAAAUGUUCCACUAAAUAUAAGACGCCGAAUGUGGAUAGAUAUUACAUGAUGGAGCUCCUGUACAUCAUGCUCAACCAGUUCGCAACUUUCUGAAUCAUAAUUUUGAAAACAGGUGGAUUUGAAGAGAUGGUCCAGUUAUGUGGCCUCCCAGGUCCCCUGACCUCACUAAAGUAGAUUUUUUUGUGGGGUUUCGUAAAAAACGAGGUUUAUAAAACUAGUCCAUUAACUAGCGAGGAAAUGAAGGAAAGAAUAAGACAAGUGUUCGCGAGCAUAGAUGUCCAAUGUUUGAAAAACGUUCAAAGAUCAUUUGAAGCUAAAUUACAACAUUGUAUUGCAGUUAGAGGGAGUCACUUUGAGCAGCUUUUAUAAUUGCUUUUUUUUUCAUUUUUUAAUAAAAUAAUUUUGCAUUCUAAAAAAAUUUAAAUAACCUAUUUUUGGCUCAUAUUUUUUUCCUUUAAAUACAAAAUAUCUUCUAAACUGUUGUGUUUAGGGAUAGAGACAAACGAAUGUAUAAUUAAAGUACUUUUAGUAGAGAUAUGAAAUACAGGGUGAACCUAACCUUAAAAGUAAAGAAAGUAAAUUUAGUUGAUAAUAAAUUGUAGCUAGGUACCUUAAAAAUAUAAACUGAUUAAACAGUAUAUUUUAACAGGAGUUUAAAUCAAAUUACAUUGUGAAUUUAGUUAUAAUUAAGUCUUUUUAACAUUUCAUCUAAGAAUCUCGCUUAACUAUUGUGUUUAGGGAUAGGCAAU